ACGCAGUAAAUGAUACAAUUGAGAAGCACAUUCCACAAUGGCCUAAUAAGACUUAUCAAGAAUUCGUAAAAAUAUGUGUCAAUUUUGAAUUAUCAAACCAAGCAAUUGAUUCGCUUAUUCACUUUUUCAACAAAAACGCAAAUUUUGAAGAAUCACCUUUACUAAAGAAUUCUAAAGCGAUACAUAGUUUUAUGAAUUCAAUA